AGCAAUGUGGCCCGAAAUCACGCUGAUUCACAGGCGUGACUACCGCGCAUCUGCUCGAAAAGAAGCUUCUGACCUUGUCGCACCACUGCGCCCCAUCUAUAACCUCAAAAGCGCUCAGCCGGCAGCCCAGGAGCAGCACCAAGUAAGGAGUGGCUGAUAAAGCGCGCAGGAACGGAGCCGGGCGCCCAAAGCUAACACAAAACGAACCAUGCAGUCCCCCGCCGGCACCAACGCGCCCGAGGCCGACCUCGCGGAAGUCGAGAUGCACAAGGCGACCAUCGACGCGGCCAACAACGCGAGCGACCCGCGCGCCGCGCAGCUUUCGAUGGAGGCGAAGACCAUCCAGGGCCAGCUCUACAAAUUGAAACCGUGGACCUACGCGCAGCUCGCAUUACUCGGGCUCAUCCUUUUGUUGUUCUUGACGUGGCACUGGCAGCUCGUGCUCGUCGUGCUGGCUCUACUCAUUCCGACGCUAGGGAAGCUGCUCCUGUGGUGGCAGAAAAAUCCAGAGAGAUGUCCUCUAGAUCACGUCCUGUCGAGCUACUGCCUCGGGCUGUUCGUGCUCGCGGUGCCGGCCAUGGCGACGGCCCUGAUCGCGUUCGUCCUCGCGUUCUGGAUCUUGGUCAUCAUAUUUUUCUCGUUGCCGCUACCCGAGGCGUUAUCAUUACUCCUCGUCUUCCUGGGCUGCUGGGGCGUCUUCUGCUUGAUCGAAGAUUUGUGGCACGUAUCAGCCCUCCGGAGGCAGAAUAGAAGGAGGGCGCACCACCACCGCGGCCCGACGGCUCAGCGAAAAGCGGGGGCAGCCUACGCCGCGGCUACCGCGGUAGGCUACGCGACGGCGCAGUGCGUCGCAUUGACGUGCAUCGUCACGGCGUUCAUGGACGGCCACUCGGCCUUCGAGCUCCACGACGAGCGACGCCACUCCAAGUACGGGACCAUCACGCCGAACGAAGGAUUCUUUUUGUUCGUGCUAGCGCUGAUCUUCACGUGGUACUGGCUGCCCCUGCGGUUGAUGUGCAGCCACCUGCUCGCGUUGGAAGUGGCGCGGAACGACGCCGCGGCGCAGCAGGCCGGCAACGCCCAACCGCCGGCGUGCUGCUCCUGCGACGAUGUUUGUCCGGCGACGGCUGCGGGCCAGAUGUGCGGCCACCGAUGUUCUGGAUUUUGGACGGUCAUCGCCUGGCCGCUCACGUUACGGACGCUGCACAUGACGUCAUUUCUAUAUAUUACUAUAUGGCUGUUGGGCGUGAGCUUCUGGCUCUGGCUCGCCGUCGUGGUCGUGGCCGGCGCGCUACUCAUGUACGGCGCGUGGCGGCGCGUCCUGUACGUCGAGGACACGAUCGACCCGAACGCGCGCGAGGCGGCGGGGCUGCGGGAGCUCUAUGGGUUUUCCCUGCUCGCGGGCGACGCCGAAGAGGCCGCCGUCGCGCCGCCCGCCGCGACCCUCGCGCCGCCCGUGGUGGCGGCGGAGCCCUAUAUUGCGGCGGAGCCGACGGUCGCCGUCGUCUAGGCCCCUCCCAGACGCCAUCGCCGCGAGGCGCUAUUUUUUUCUCCCCCCAAAGUACGUACUAAUAAUUCGCCAACAAACUCCUA